GAAAAAACGUCCACCUGAAGUGAUACAGCACCACAUAGGAUGUUAUCACAAAGAAAUAAACAUGUUAUCCACGACUCCCUAGAAACACCAAGUCCGAAGAAUGGAUAAUUACUUGCAAAAGUAGCUAGUGAUAGUACAACUCAACAACAAACCAUAACUAUGAUAUCAAUAUCAAGUGACACUUACGGCUUUAAUCUCUAACAACUGAUCACAUUUCACACUCAUAACUUCAUUACAAAUUGACAUAACAUAUUUUUUAUUCCAUUGUGAAAGGGGUGAACUCGUGGCCAGUUGUUUACAUUAUCCGAGUUUUUUUUAAUUGACAAAACAAACUACACGUUGUGUGUUUUUUGCAGCCCAGAUUCAGAUUCCAUUGCAUUUGUAUCAAAAAUGUCAAGAUCCAAAGAGGUUAUUACUUGCAAAGCUGCAAUAUGCUGGGGUGUAGGAAAGGCAGCGACGGUGGAAGAGAUACAAGUGGAACCACCAAAAGCAACAGAAGUUCGAGUUAAGAUGUUGUGUUCUAGUGUCUGCCAUACAGACAUUUCAAGCCUUCAAGGAUUCCCACAUAAUCAAUUUCCUCUAGCACUUGGACACGAAGGAAUUGGUGUUGUAGAGAGUGUUGGUGAUGAAAUAACAAAUCUAAAGGAAGGUGAUUUGAUAAUUCCAACAUACAUAGGGGAGUGUGAAGAAUGUGAGAACUGUGUUUCAGGGAAAACUAAUUUGUGUUUGACACAUCCUGUAAGAUUGAAUGGUCUAAUGCCGGAUAACACUUCAAGGUUGUCGGUACGAGGUCAAACACUGUAUCAUGUUUUGAGUUGUGCUACAUGGUCGGAGUAUGUGGUUGUUGAUGUCAACUACCUUCUCAAAGUUGAUCCAACCACUAAUUUAGCUCAUGCUAGUUUCAUUUCAUGUGGUUUUUCAACCGGGUAUGGAGCUUGUUGGAAGGAAGCAGCUGUUGAAACCGGUUCAACCGUAGCUGUUUUUGGUCUCGGGGCUGUUGGAUUAGGGGCCAUAAGUGCGGCCAAGAUGAUGGGAGCAAGUAAGAUAAUUGGAGUUGACAGAAAUGAGAUGAAGAAAGAAAAAGGAGAAGCUUUUGGAAUGACACACUUUAUAAAUACUAAUGUUUCUGAUAAAUCUGCUUCUGAUUUGGUUAAAGAGUUAACUGGAAUGGGUGUAGAUUACUGUAUUGAAUGUACUGGUGUUGCAUCUAUGUUUACCGAAUCUGUGGAAGCCACAAAAAUGGGAACAGGUAAAACAAUUGCAGUUGGGAUAGCAGCUGAACUUGUUGUGCCAUUUGGACUUCUUGCCAUCGUGUUUGGUAGAACCUUAAAAGGUUCUGUUUUUGGAGGUAUAAAAGCUAAAUCCGAUCUUUCCAUCAUUGCUCACAAAUGUCAAAAACAGGAAUUCCCUCUUGAAGAACUUUUCACUCAUGAGGUUCCUUUGGUUGAUAUAAACAAAGCAUUUGAGUUACUGAAACAGCUCGAUUGUGUGAAAGUUGUUAUCAAGAUGUAAUGUUAUAUUUAUUGCAGUUAAGAUCAAAUUCGAAUAAAUUUUUGGAGAAAAUAUUAGAGUUCUAUGUACUGGUAAUAAUAUUUGCAUUAUAUAAUAUAUUCAGGUGAUAA